AUUUUGAAUUUGAACACAAAGAAACUUCGCGUCUAUAAUCGAAAUUUGAUCGGUUAGCAUGUCUCAAGCGGAGGUUAUCAACCAAGAACGUUCGUUCUAUCUCGAAAAUAACACGGCUCCGAUAUCGCUAGCGUCCGAUGUCAAAAAAUCCGGUUUUUUAUCUACUUUGGCCAGUUAUCUGACGUCUAACGCGAAGAGUGAUCCGAAGCCAGUAAUCCAACAAAAGAAGCUGAUGAACUCGUGGGAUGACGUGGAUCUUGUAAAAUUGAAUAUCCUCGUGUGCAACGUGCUCUACGAACCGCAUAGCUAUGAAUUGCUAUUUCGAGAAAUUGAGCGGGUUUUCGGGAGAAGAAGGGAGCAUUGUUUCUAUGGAGCUCUGGGUGUUUUACUCACUCUUGUACUUCUGAAUGAUGCAGUGGGAGCGAUCACAGCGUUUAUGACCCUUAUCAUCCCAACGUUCAUGACAGUCACCGCGAUCUCUUCCACGUCUUCCUAUGAAAAUCCGAGCUUCCUCAAGAAUCAUCAAGAUUUCUUCGUUCGCUACUGGACCGUCUACGCAGUUUUUGUCACCGGCGAAUCGUUCUUGUCAUCACUUAUUCACUGGGAUCUUCGUCUUUUCCGUCUAAUCUUCAUGUCAAUGUGCCUUUCGACCCGGAUUCCGGUGCUUGCGGCAACUUAUGCAAAAAUCCUCGGCAUCGUCUCCACCAUUCGAGAAGUCAUCGAAUCUCGAAAUUUCGAGCCAAGUCCUGUUGUGAUGGUGUCUGCUUCGAAAAAGACGAAAACUGGUUGAAAAACUUUAAAAAUUGAACUGGAAUUUAUUAUAGAAAAAGAUGAAAUACUUGGAUCCAGAAAAA